ACCAGCUGGAUUAUUGUGCUGUGCUUAGGUUAUUUUUGUGUUAGAUUAAUAGAAAUUCUUCAAUAAGAAGUUUGAUAAUGUUACGCCAUUUGUAUAUUAAAAGUUUAAGGCAAGUGAGGCAUAAUUGGAAUAUACGUUUCUUAACGAAAAGCUGCACUACCGCUGAUACUACAGAGUUGAAUAAUGAUAUAAAACACACUAUAGAAAACCAUUGGCAUAACAGAAUAAAUGAUUUAAAAUUUGACCCAACAUGUGUGGAUAAAAAAUUUUAUGUACUCUCUAUGUUUCCGUACCCAUCAGGAAAUUUACAUAUGGGACAUGUGCGUGUAUAUGCUAUCAGUGAUGCAAUAGCACGUUUUUACCGUAUGUGUGGUAAAAAUGUUUUUCAACCCAUUGGAUGGGAUGCAUUUGGUUUACCGGCGGAAAAUGCGGCAAUACAAAGAGGCGUGGAGCCAUCAGAGUGGACAAAGCAAAAUAUUGAACAAAUGAAACAACAAUUAAAAGUGUUAGGUUGCUCUUUUGAUUGGAAACAUGAAAUGUCAACAUGUGAUCCAACGUAUUAUAAAUGGACACAAAAAUUAUUUUUAAUGUUGCAUAAAAAAGGUCUUGCUUACCAAAAUGAGGCUUUAGUUAAUUGGGAUCCAGUCGAUAAAACUGUAUUGGCUGAUGAACAAGUAGAUUCAAAUGGUUGUUCCUGGCGUUCUGGUGCUAAGGUUGAAAAAAAGUUAUUAAAACAAUGGUUUAUACGUACAACGGCUUAUGCAAAGGAUUUGCUGGAUGGUUUAGAUGAUCCCACAUUACAAGACUGGCGUGAUAUAAUUAAUUUACAGCGCCACUGGAUUGGCGAAUGUAAUGGAUAUGCUUUUCAAUUGUUAACCUCAGCUGGAAAUCUGUUACGGGUGUGGACCACAAAUCCUGAAUACUUAAAAGAUCCAAAUGCAUUUAUUGUGCUUAAAAGUAAACAUUACUUAUCAAAAAUAAAAAAUGCAGAACAACUAACACUUGAAAAUCCUUUCACGGGCAUAACAAUUCCAAUAUUUUUCAGUGAUAUACCAAAUUAUGCCGAUAAUUGCGAUGUUUACUUGGCAUCCCCUGGAUUUUCAUUAGAUGAUAAGUUGCUACAAGAAAAUAUGAAUUUAGCAUUAUUGGUACAAAAUAUUAAUAACAAUUUAGAUGUUAAUACAGCUAAAACAGAAGUUUUGGAGCAAGCAAAACGUUUAAAUAUCGGCGGACAAAGAGUUUCGGCUAAAUUGCAAGAUUGGCUAAUAUCCCGGCAACGCUAUUGGGGUACACCAAUUCCAAUUGUACACUGCGAUCAAUGCGGCGCUGUGCCUGUGCCAGAGGAGAAGCUACCUGUGUUAUUACCACAUAAGUCUAAUUUAGUUGGGAAUAGCAAGGAAGAAAAUCAAUGCGUAUGCCCAAAAUGUGGUAAUUCAAAUGCACAACGUGAAACAGAUACAAUGGACACAUUUGUUGAUAGUUCUUGGUAUUAUUUAAGAUACUUGGACUCGACCAACUCUCAAAAAAUAUUUGAUGAGAAAUUAAUAAAAACCUGCAUGCCUGUGGACUUGUAUAUAGGCGGAAAGGAACAUGCCGUUCUACACUUAUAUUAUGCGCGAUUUAUGAAUCAUUUCUUACAUAGUGUAGGAAUGGUACCAACAUCCGAACCAUUUAAACGACUUUUAGUGCAGGGCAUGGUAAUGGGUCGAUCAUAUAGAAUAAAAGGCACUGGACGUUAUGUCACGGAAAAUGAAGUAGAAGUUGUAAAUGCAAAGAAAAACCAGGCACUUCUCAAAGAAACAAAAGAGCCAGUUGUUAUGAGUUGGGAAAAAAUGUCAAAGUCAAAACUAAAUGGCGUUGAUCCUACAGAUAUGUUUCGGGAAUACGGAACGGAUACUACAAGACUGAUAAUUUUAGCUGAUGUCGCACCUACAUCACAUAGAAACUGGUCAAAUGCUACUUUUCCUGGUAUUUUAAAUUGGCAAAAGCGUUUAUGGUUAACAGUGAAUGAGUUUUACGCAGAACGUACCGCUCCAGAUAAUCAAACAAUAGAUAUAAAUGAUAAAAAAUUUUUGGAGGAGGAUGAUAAAAUGUUCGAUUCCAGAAAUUUUUAUAUUAAGGGUGCAACAUUCAAUUAUCGAUACGCUCAUCAGUUAAGUGUGGCAAUAUCUAAAAUGCAAGGUCUAACAAAUUCCUUAAGGCGUGCUCCUAAAGAAAUUGUACGUUAUGGUAAACAAUUUGAAAGAGCAUUAGCUAGCCAAAUUAUAAUGCUCGCUCCAAUGGCUCCACAUUUUGCUUCUGAAUUGUGGUCUAAAUUUGCUUCAACGCCAAAUCGUUUAAAUGCAACCACAGAUGAAUUACAGUGGGAUAAUGAUGUCCUUUCACAACGUUGGCCAGAAAUCGACAUGGAUUAUAAACUGGAUUUAACAAUAAAGGUGAAUGGUUUUGAAAACUGCGUUAUGAAAAUACCGCGUUGUCAUUUAGACAAACUGACUUCUAAUGACGCUAUGGAUAUUGCUUUUAAUACAGAUUCUGUAACUUCAUAUCUUAUAGAUAAAAAAAUACGAAAUACAAAUUACGUGUUCUAUCCUGGCAUUGAUGCCACAUUAAAUAUAUACGUUGAAAAAGUUAAACAAACUAAACAGAAAUCUAUAAAUCCUACGAAAGAAUUUGUAUCAUAAGUACAAAGUUCAUAAAA